UUCGACAAUGUACGUACCACAAAUUCAUUUUAUCACUCAACGGUUGUUUGUAUACUCAACAGCCAUCUCGCUCACCCUUGCAUUGCGCAAACGAGCAUAACAAAGGUUUGCAAAAAAUGUUAAUAAUAGAGUUGGGCCGUUUGCACAAAUGAGCUGCGCACCAGCGAAUAGUGAGUAAAGCAGAGUGGAUAAGAGAAGCAACAACAAAAGAGUAAUCAAGGCAAAAAGUUGACAGCUUUGUGGAAAAGAAGCGGCGUCAGUAGAAUAUAUUGCUGUGUGCGAGAAAUUAGUGAAUAGACUUAAAUUUGUUAAUAAAAUCGUUAAAAAACAAUUAUAAAAUUUGUAAAAAUAUAUAAAAUUUCUAUUUAAUGAUAACAUAAGAGCUAGGGAGUAAAAUAGAGCAGAGGAAACGUAGGUGAGUGUGUUAAAUUAGCGUUAACAUGAUGAUCAACACACUGCUAGAGCAUGUACCCAUAAAACUGGAAGCGGCGGAUAAUGGCGACGAGGGAGACGCAGAAAACAAUAGCAAACAGAAAAACAAAAUUGUGAAAAUGAAUGGUAAAAAUGUAAUCGUUGAGGAAGAUGGUAGCGGUGAUGAUAAUGAUGAGGAAGACGAUGAAGAUACUGACGAGGAUGACUCUGAAACGGAUCUGCUUGAAGAAGAUGAUGAUGAUGAAACAUUAGUACCGAUUAGCAGCGACGAGGAAGCAGAGUUGGAAGCGCAACGUAUACGUUUCCCUGAAUUAAUUGGCAAAAAGACUAAAUCCACGAAAAAACUGCGUGGGCGCAGUGUUUCAAGCUGUGCUAGUGUUAGCAGUAAAGCUUCAAUAGCAUCUUGCUCAUCUGCCUCAUCAAUUACUGAUAGCAAAUGUUCGAGGCAGAGUGAAGUACCAAAGCAAAAAGAAAAGUCAGAUUCUACAUUUAAAAAGACAGUUGCUUGUAGAAAUAUAGAAAAAGGUGCGAGUGCUGAAUCGGAAGCCGAACAUGAUGAUAUUACUGCAACUAAUAAGCGACCACUACGAAACCGCGUUCCCUCUACUUGCUCUGUAGCAUCAUCCCUAGUCACGCCCUCCUGUCAAACAGAAUCCUGUGGAAAUAUUUAUGUGUACGAGAAGCACCAAAAACUUAUAUUUAAUUGCAGCUUUUGCGACUUACGUUACGGCGAUAUGGCGUCGUUCGCAAAACAUUUGCAUAAUGCACAUGAACUGUUUCAGGAGGAGGAAGAUGUGACCUCAAUAAUAACGGCGCGUAAAAGUCCACGCACACAAACGAAGCAACAGGCUGAAAGUAAAACGCAAGCGCAUGACAGCAAGUUAAAGGUGGUAGUAAAGACGGAGAUAAAGCCUAACCAUGACGAGAUUUGUGAUGAUAGUUCGAGUGCACACUCUAUGUCACCAAUUCCUGUUGAUGCAACACUAGAAUCAUGUGGGAAUGUAUUUAUUUUGAAUGGUAAAAAGCUUUUUCUAAUUUGUGGUCACUGUGAGUGCAAAUAUGCCACACUGGACUUAUUCCAUAAACAUUUGCGGCAACAACAUCAACUGUUCUCUGGCCCGGUAAAAGAAAUAGAUGUGUUGCCAAAGUGCGAAAUUAAAGUUGAGCCGUGCGGUGAAGGAGACACAUUUCCUAAAAUCAGUGCAGUUGCUAUAGCAAUUGAGAAACAGCGAAAAGCUAGCAUAGAAGUAAUGAUAGCUUCGCCUGUAAUGGUAGUGCUACCUGUGUCACAAAACGUGGACAAUAAUGACAUCUUGCCAGCAACAGUUUCAGUGCAAGUACCAGAAACGCCACCCCCAGAGGAAGACAAGGCAUUGGAAGUGUCAAUAUUAAAUACAACCAACCAAAAAAAAGUGGUGAUUGAAAAAGUUUUGAAUGAAGCAAUUUGCGAAGCAGAAAAUGCAAUAGAAGAAGUGGAUGAUAAUGAAAUGCCACUAAGGGUUGAGGAGCAUGCGCAGUCGAAAGCGGGGCAACAGGUGCAUGCUACUGAGGAGCUUAGUUGUGAAAAUGUGCAUAAAACUUGUGGAGAACCUGUUGAAGAUGGAAACCAUGAAGAACAGAAACCUGCUAUUAAGCGUAAAAGAAAGCGCCGGUCGGUUUUUUCGAAACGAUCGCCGCCAAAGAAACGUCCUGCUGCAACAAAAGACGUAAAUUCACAAAAAAUUGACAACAAAGAUGAAAGUAACACCGAUGGCGCAAUUAAAUUGCUUCCAGCAGUUAUCGCUGUAGCAGAGCGAGCUGAAAUGGUUAUAUCUACAACACUAACUGAAAACAACUUGAUGCCCAUUAGCCAAGUAUCAUCGAUGGAAACCGAUUUUACAGACUCAGAUGUCAAAACUUUGACUCAUUUAGUGGAAGAUGUUGUAAGCGCCGCUUUCAGCGCUAACUUAGAAGAGGUUGUGUCAGAGACUAAUGCUUCUAUAAACGCUGCUGAAAUUAAAAAACAAAAAGGAAAAAUAUCAAAAAAAAUAAAAAUCCAUCCAAAUCCGACUGCCAAGAGAACUCGUAAAAAGAAAAUUGUUGCUGUUGAAAAUGAACCGGCAGUCUUAUUGUCUAAAACUGACACCAAAUCUAAAUCUUCGCCUCCUGAAUGUUCAGUUAAAACUUCUGUUGACCUCGAAUCGACAAUAGAUGCAAAGGUGGUUACCAGUAAACCUGUUGCACAUGCCAUGCGUACUACUUGCUACUCCGAGACUCAAAAGUUACGCUAUGCUUGCAAUCAGUGUCCAAAAUCGUUCAGUAAGUCAACACGUUUGGCUGAACAUAAGCGUUUGCAUACAGGAGAGAAACCUUUCAAUUGUGAAGAAUGUGGGAAAACAUUCCGUAUUAAAAGACGUCUAAUUGAACAUAAAAUGCGACAUCUCAAAGUGAAAACAUACAAAUGUGAAACAUGUGGCUUGCCAGUCGCUACCAAACAAGACCUGAGGCUACAUCAACGCCAUCACACCAAUGAUCGACGCUAUCCUUGCACCGAAUGUUCGAAAGCCUUUGUGCGCAGCACCGAUUUGAAAAUACAUAAGCGUGUCCAUACGGGCGAAAAGCCGUUCGUGUGUGAAAUUUGCCAGAAAACAUUUCGAGCCAAUCAGAAUCUCCUUGUGCAUCGUCGUUCACACAUGGGCGAAAAGAAUUAUAAAUGUGAUUAUUGCGACAAACGCUUUAUGCGUAAUAUUGACCGCAAGGUGCACCAUCGUACACAUACAGGUGAAAGACCAUUUAAAUGUGAAAUUUGUGGAAGAUGCUACUCUUCUCGCGCACAUGUGCGCACUCACAUACAACGCGAACAUGUCGAUAAUGGAGGCGACACAAAACCCGAGCGUAAGAAAACCGAACGAAAGGCAAAAUCAGCUGCAGUGGAUGAAAUUGUAAAGGAACAACAGUUAAUUGAUGAAAUACAAGAACAAAUAUUGCAAUGCUUAAAAACUGACGAUUUAGAUGAAGAAGAGUUGUCACCCACAAGACCAGCAACAACCAUGACUACAACAACAACGGCUAUUGUGAAAACUGCUGAAAUAAAAAAGCAGAGACGUGGAAAAUCAACACCCAGGACAUCGCCGGCUUUAAAGAACGGCGUUGACAUCGAUAUGCCAGCACAUUUACCCCAUCAGGCACAGCAGCACACACAAUCGAUGGGUGUGCAACAGGUAUCCGUAACUGUGUCAAUGCAAAUGCAAGACGAUGUGGGUAUGGCAGAAGAGCCGAUGCCUGAAAAGGAAAAUGCGACGACGUUGGUAGGUGGGGUCUCAGCACCACUAAAUAAAAACACAAAGAGUGAACGUAAAAUAUCGAGCUUUUUUACUGUGUUGGGACAAAAAACAGAAAUUUAAAGACUUGCACAUUUCAAAUGGAACUAAAAACGCAGAAUAUUAUUUUACAAUUUUAUAACGGUUAACUAGGAGUAAGAGAUACCCAUACACACAAUUAGUUAAGACACCUUUAGAUAUAUAGAUUUCUCAAAUAAUAUAUUUAUACAUAAAAUAGUUACAAAUAUCAUAUCGUAUGCAACUGUACUGUCUUUAAAUAUAAAAUACGCAUAUAAGUGUGUAGGUUUGUCGAAAACACAAAAUAAUAAUUCAACUAAAGGACCUCGCCUGAGCUGUUAACAGAGAAAACCUUUUUAAUACAUUUCUAAGCUGUUGAAACUGUUGUUGAGCAUAUAUACAUUCAAAAUUAAUUUACUACUUAGCGUGACUCAAGUAGCUACAUUCAUAAUUAAUUUUAAUCACACUUUUACUGAUAUUAUUUGAGUUUACAUACAUUUUUUUUUACAGUGCCCACGAUAUUCCAUGAACAAAUUCAUAAAUGCAUAAAACAAUUUAUUAAAUUUACUUAAUCUUAUGUUGCACUCACUUCUGAGUUAUUUAAAGCAAAAAAGUCAACGAUGAGCGCUACACUGCGAGUGAUACCUCUAUGACACACUUACGAUGCAUACCAUUUAUA